AUGAAAACAAUUAUAAUUUGCUUUUUAAUAAAAACAACAGGUAAGUAAGUAAAUAAAAAUGGAAGUAUCAAAAAUGAAAAUAUAAAAAUCUUAGUCUACAUUCAUAAAAGUAAGUAAUAAAAUAGUAGAAAACCAUAAAUUUAUAAAAAAACUUUGAGUUUAAUACAAACUUUGUAGCAUAGUAUAAAAAUUAAUUUUUACUAUAACAAAAUACUCUAAAUAGAUAAAGUAUAAUUUUUACUAUGGUAAACAAAUAUUUUAAAUUUUAAAUCAAACAAAACUAUCUCUAAAAAUACAUAAAAAGUUUAUAAAAUAUUAUAUAUAUGCUAUAGAGAGUGA